AUGGGCACAAAGCCUGAGGAGACGGAAAAGUCAAGCAGAGACGAUGAUGAUGGAUUUCACCAAGAAACUGCCAGCAUCGCAGAUGUCUCUGUGGAGGUGGCCACAGUCGACCACACGCUGCAGAAGCUGCGCAGGAUGUACAGGAAGAGCAGACGGAAGCCCAAAGGACUCAAGAGGCUGCUGGCCUACCUGCUGAACAUCCCUUACAUUGCAGUCAUCAUUUCGGCGGUGUUGUUCGUGGUGGUGGUGACGAUAUGGUCGCUGCUGUGGGUCUUCAUAAUUCGCAGGGAGAGUUACAGCGGAGCAUAUUUUGCUGGGAUGUUUCGUGUUGCCAAUGUGGAGUUUAUCCCAGAGUUCCGUCACGCAGAGUCCCAUGAAUUUGUCUCCAUGGCAAACAAAAUACAGCACGUGGUGAGCAAUGUGUACAAGAUGUCUUCAGUGGCCAGACUCUACAAGCAAGCAGUAAUUUCAGACUUAAGUAACAACUAUGAAGGGGGUGUGUUGGUGCAUUUCUGGAUGGUGUUUAUAGUCCCCCAACUAAAGAGUGCAGCCAUGUGCGAGGAGUGUAUAGAGGCCAUUCUUAGAGACUCAGUGCACACCAGCCUGAAGAACAGGUCCUCUGUGGGCUAUCUGCUGGGUCUCCCAGUGGAUAUGGACUCCAUCCUCGUCAACGACUCGCAGUGUGUAGAUAAGCUGUAUGCCAACCUUCCUGGAGCCAGGGUCCCGCUGAACGUCUACUCAUCGUGGGGUGGUGUGAACUGCCACGUUAAACUCACCGCUAUCCCCGGCUUUGUCAUCCGUCUGACCAUUACCUCGCUCCUUAUUGAGCCCACUGACUGUGUGGACGAUUCCCUGGCCGUGUACGACGCUCUGCUGCCCAUGAGAGGGCGCAUUCUGCACAGACUUUGUGAACCAGUGUCCAGUUCCUUCUCCAUUGUCUCAACCUCCAAUUUCAUGUUGCUGUCCUUCAGAAUGACAAAUGGCAACAAGAGCUUCAAAGGUCACUUUGAGGCUAUCCCUGUGGAAAGAUGUAUGUCUCAAAUUGAGACCCAGUUAGAGCCUGACCACAGCAGUCAUAUCUACAGCCCCUUCUACCCCAGCCUGCUGCCGCCACAGUGCUCUUGUACCUGGAAGUUUAAGACUCCAAACUCAAAUUUAGGAGUUGCACUUCAGUUCAAGAACUAUGAACUAAAAGCGAAGGACAUGAAGGGCUGUAACAGUGGCUGGUGGAGGGUCAAUGAGGUCAUUUAUUGUGGCAGCUACGUUGGACACCAGACAGUGUUUCGGAUCCCUAACCAAAGCCCAGAGUUGGAGUUUCGGUGCAGCUCACGCAACUCUGCUCAGCCUUUUCAGGCUUCUUACAGCAGUUACAAUAUCAGCCAGCCCUGCCCAGAAAGCCACUUCUUGUGCAGCUCUGGACUGUGUGUGGAGAAGAGUAGACUCUGUGAUGGCCUGGAUGACUGCCAGGACGAGAGUGACGAGGUCUUCUGCUCAAGACCCACAACGGGCUGUGCUGGCAACAGUCGGCCGCAUCCAUUAUAUGUUUGCAACGGAGAGUGGGACUGCAGCGACGGAGCAGAUGAAAUCAACUGCACUCAAGAAACGACCUGCUCUGCAAUCAGGUUCCAAUGCAACAGUGGAUCCUGCAUCCUGAAGAAAAACUCAAAGUGUGAUGACGUUCCUGACUGUCAGGAUCAAAGUGACGAAGCCGACUGUGACUGCGGUCAUUCCUCGGCGCUGAAGAGAGGGCACUUAUCUACAGGCUUUGAGCGUGUUGUGGGUGGAGUUAAUUCGAUGGAAGGGGAGUGGCCAUGGCAGGUUAGCCUUUACUUUGCUGGUAGCCUGUACUGUGGCGCCUCUGUCCUCUCUUCUGAUUGGCUCAUCUCAGCCGCCCACUGCUUCAGCAAAGACAGGCUUUCUGAUCCUCGUUACUGGAGCGCCCACCUUGGCAUGCUGACACAGGGAAGUGCCAAACAUGUGGCAGAGAUCCAGCGGAUCGUGGUGCAUGAGUACUACAACGCACACACGUUUGACUAUGACAUUGCCCUGCUGCAGCUGAAGAAGUCCUGGCCUCGGUCCCUGAGCCCCCUGAUUGAGCCCGUGUGUCUGCCACCUUCUUCCCACACCGUCACAGACAGCCACCGAUAUAAGGUGUUGCCCUCGGUGCUGCAGAAAGCUGAGGUAUCCAUAAUGAGCCAGACGGAGUGUAAGAAGCGCUAUGGUCCCAUCUCUCCACGCAUGCUGUGUGCCGGGGUCCCAUCAGGAGAGCGGGACGCCUGCAGAGGUGACUCAGGGGGGCCUUUGUCCUGCCAGGCACCAGGAGGCAGACGCUGGUUCCUGGUGGGGAUUGUCAGCUGGGGGUCCGGUUGUGGCAGACCAAAUCUACCCGGGGUUUACACCAGGGUCAACAAUGCUAUGAGGACUCUCCCCGAAAGUAGGACUUGUGAAGUGUACAGCGUGUCCGCGCACGGACAGCCGGGCUGGCCGGACGCGCAGGGAAACGGGGAGUUAAGGGAGCCCGCCCAGUCGCGGACCCCCUCCACAAAGCCCCGGGCGGAGCAGGCGGUGGAGGGGGUGCGAGCAGCAGCGUUCUGCUCCUGGAGGAGAUGGAUGCUGGGUGUCCUGCCUUUCUUUCCCUUCACUGCCGCCAUUGCACUGACUCUCCACUUCCUAACAUCUCCACCUUGCUCAGUGUUCUUCCUGGGGGGCAGCGUGGAGUUCCCAAACCUGAGCUUUUCCUCAGAGCUGACAAACUCCACCUCCCCCGAGUUCCGCCUGCAGGCCCAGGCUUUAAACCAUUAUUUCUCAGAGCUCUAUGAGUCCACCCCAUGGAGCUCCUACUACCUGCACUCAGGAAUUACUGCCUUCAGUGAAGGAGCAGAGGGGCUCAAUGUCUUCUAUUGGAGUAAAUUUUCUGCCCCCCGCGACGCUGCCAUGGAGAUCCAGAGGUCCAGCCCAGAGAGGCUACAGCGGAGGCUCCCAGGCACGCAUAAGGUGCAGCGGGACAGACGCAACGAGCAGCGCUUCUAUAUGGAAGCAGAUGACGACACGCUCAACCUGCUGGGUUUGGAUCCUGAUGACUUUGAGUCAGAUGAAAAAUCUGAUAAAAUGAAAAGUCCAAAUAGUAUCCAGGGUGGGAAAUGGCAGCUUGGAUUCCAAGCAAUGUCCUUUGAUCUCUAUGCCAAAUAUGGGAACAACCGCACUCUGAGCCUUGUGAGCCCUAAAAAGCCAUACUACCAGUGGCGCCUCCGGGUGCCGUCGGGUCACGUGGUUCGGCUGGUCGUCCUCACCCUUCACGGUGCGACACCAGGAAGCUGUGCUGCCCACAAGCUCUCUGCCUACGACUUCCUACUGCCACUGCAGAACAAGAUAAUUGCCAGGUGGUGCGGGCUGCCUAUUUCAGGCUCAUCACCGGUCAUGAAGCUGAUGUCCUCGGGCAACGUGAUGUUGGUCACUUUCUCUUUCAGCCGACAACGAGAUGGAGCAAUCUUUAAAGCGUACUUCCAGGCCGUUCCAAGAGCAAGUUGUGGGGGAUCCAUUUCCUCCUGGAAUGGCUCUGUGUCCUCCCCGUACUACCCCUCCUAUUAUCCCCCCAAUAUAGACUGCACUUGGACUCUACGGGUGCCCUUGCCAGGAUACCUGAUCUCUAUGACAAUCGUAACGAUGGACAUUCAGGAUUCCUCAUCGUCCGAUGGCUGUGAGAAAGACUGGCUGGAGAUCGGUGGAGUGAAAAUGUGUAAUCCAAUAUCAGACAGCAGCAAAAAGCGAGUGUACUCCUCUCCUCUCACCAUCCACUUCCACUCGGAUGAAUCUCUGACUUACAGGGGCUUCUACUUGUUGUACCGAGCCUUCUCUCCAGAGGGCACUUGCCCUCGCCAGUUUCGCUGUGGAGAUGGCCGUUGUAUCCCUCUGAGGAAGGUUUGUGAUGGAGUGAAGGAUUGUUCAGACGGACGGGACGAGGCUAAAUGCUCGUCCUGUAGGCCAGGGGAAGUGCUGUGUGGGAAUGGCCAGUGCAAACCUCAGAGCAGCCAGUGUGCUGGUCAGAGCUCCUGUGCGGACAGCAGCGAGGAAGGCACCUGUGGAGGUAAAUGUUACCACGUGUGUCCUAACAAGGUGUGUUUGCCCAAGUCGUCGGUGUGUGACGGCCUCAUAGACUGCAAAGACCGCAGCGAUGAGCUCAACUGCACCAGAGCAUAUGUCAAAGGUUGCUCUCCAUACAAUUACAAAUGCUUCAAUGGAAAGUGUGUGAGUAAAGUCAACCCUGAGUGUGACGGCGUGAAGGACUGUUCAGACGGCUCCGAUGAACUCCGCUGCGGCUGUGGAACCAGGCCCAGGAAACGGACCAAGAUCGUCGGGGGGUCCGAUGCCGUGGCGGGGUCGUGGCCCUGGCAGGUCAGUCUCCAGAUGGAAAGAUACGGACACGUCUGCGGAGCCACGCUGGUCUCCAAUCGCUGGCUCAUCUCCGCAGCUCACUGCUUCCAGGACUCAGAUGCCAUCAAGUACUCAGAUGCCCGGGCCUGGCGGGCGUACAUGGGGAUGCGCGUGAUGACCAGGGGGAACCAGGGAGCCGCCACCAGGCUGGUCCGCCGGAUCCUGCUGCACCCGCAGUACGACCAGUUCACCUCCGACUACGACAUCGCCCUGCUGGAGCUCAGCGCACCGGUUUUCUUCAACGAUUUGGUGCAGCCGGUGUGUGUUCCCGCGUCCUCGCACUCUUUCACCACCGGGACCAGCUGCUACGUCACAGGCUGGGGCGUUCUCAUGGAAGACGAGGCUUCAGUGAAGAUCAUAAACAGGAACACCUGUAAUAAACUGUAUGAUGAUGCUGUCACUCCCAGAAUGCUGUGCGCCGGAAACCUACACGGUGGAGUGGAUGCUUGCCAGGGGGACUCAGGAGGUCCGUUGGUGUGUCUUGAACGAGGCAGGCGGUGGUUCUUGGCGGGGAUUGUGAGCUGGGGCGAGGGCUGCGCCAGGCAGAACCGUCCUGGCGUUUACACACAGGUGGUCAAGUUUACUGACUGGAUCCGUCAGCAGACCAAAGGGCAGCCAGUCUCAGGAAACCGUGUCCAUUCCCUGACCAUCACCUCCCGGCGCAGCGGCCGGCUGCGCUGCGUUGUGUUGGAGCCCCGCCGUGGAGGAGAAAUUUCCCGCAGGACUAAAACUUUUUAUGCGUUGUUUUCAAAAUCGGCUUGCCUCACCGGAGUGACCAGAAAUGAUGAAUUUAAUUCUCUUCUGCCUGCUUUGUGGAUUGUAUGGGAUAAAGAUCAAAAGGGGAAAUUCAGCGUCCCUCUUCUGGAUGUAAAAAGUCGGCAGCUGGUUCUGGAGGCCAACCAGACACUGCUGCUCAACUGCAGGGGUCGCUGGGAGUUAUCCUGGGCGUUCCCGGCAGGUUUGGACAGAGAUCGGGUGGAGGUGGAGGCCUCCCGCUGUGGGAGGACGAGCCAGCAGUUCUGCAGCCGCCUGCGGGUCAGCCGGAGCCAGGCCCAGCACACCGGCCUGUUCCGCUGCCGGUACCGCCACAGGAGCCAGAAGCAGGCCUCCGUCUACGUGUAUGUCACAGACAGCCGGCAGCCAUUUGUGGAACACACGGCCAUGAGCCCGGGCGUGCUGUACAUGAAGGUGAAAGAGCCACUGGUCAUCCCCUGCCGGGUCACCAAUCCCAACAUCACCACCACAUUGAUCAAGUUCCCCAGCUUUAGCCUGAGUCCAGACCAGAGGAACAUUAUUUGGAACAGUAAGCAAGGCUUCACCAUUCGAACUCCCACCUUCUAUUACAUCGGCCUAUUUCUCUGCCAGACCUUCAUCCACGGGGUCAAACACGAGUCCCGCGUAUACUUUGUACACAGACCAGUGAGCAACAUCACGGAGGUGUAUCUGAACAGCAGUGACCCUGUCCAGGCCCUGAGGGGAGAACGAUUGGUCCUGAACUGCACUGCCACUGCAGAGCUGAACACCAGAGUCAACAUCACCUGGGACUAUCCUGGAAAGAGUCGUAAUGCUGGCUCCACUUCCAAAAGGCUCUUGAGACAUCCAAUGCACAUGUUGUUCUAUAGCAUCCUGACCAUCCCAAAACUCCAGCGUUCAGACAGAGGCCUCUACACAUGCCGUGUCACCAGUGGUGAACAAAGCAAGCAACAGCAAGUCACUGUUACCGUCUAUGACCGCCCAUUCAUCCGCCUGAAGCCCAGAAAUGAAUCCGUGAUGGUGGCACAUGCAGGACAAAAAUUUUAUAGAAUCUCCCCUAAGUUACGAGCAUUCCCUGCCCCAGAAGUUAUCUGGUUGAAGGAUGGCAUGGUGGCAGCAGAGCAGUGCUCAAGAUACCACAUGGAUGGGACCUCCCUGGUCAUUCGGGAUGUUGCAGAGGAGGAUGCGGGGAUGUACACGGUCCUUGUACGAAUCAAGGAGCAUGGGCUCUACCAGAAUCUCACCCUUUCACUCGUGGUCAACGUGAGUCCUCAGAUAGGGGAGAAAGCGGUGUCGCUGCAGGACCCCGGCUCUGUGCCACGGGGGAGCAGAAAAGCCCUGCUCUGCACGUCACACGGAGUCCCUCCUCCUCACAUCCAGUGGCUCUGGCAUCCCUGCCCGUCCAAAGGCCUGUGUGAGUGUCCAGCGUCCUCCUCGCUGUGGAGCCGUGUGACGGAGAGUCUCCCUGCCACAUCUGCAUACAACCAGAUCCUGAGCGUAUCUCACAGACAGGAAGUGCUGCAGGGGAAGAAAAAGACGGUGGGGGUCCUGACUGUUUCGGAGGCCUUUGUGUCUGGAGUGUAUCGCUGCAUCGCCUCCAACUCUGCAGGCACAGACCAGCUAGACAUCCCCUUCUACAUCACAGAUGUCCCAGGAGGUUUCAGUGUGAACCAACUGGAUGAGGCCAGAGAGGGGGGAGACCUCCAUCUCACCUGUUCAGCCAACAAGUACCUGUACACAGCGCUGUCAUGGCGAAAAAUACAGGACACUGGGGAAUCCCGCCACCCUGCUUUGAAUAUUCAUGAGACAACAUCAGGGGAGUUCUCCAACUCCCUGGUCCUGUUGCUGAGUAACCUCACAGCCCGAGACGCUGGAAUCUACAGAUGCGCUGCACGCCAUCGCAUCACUGAGCAAGAGACACAUCUGGACACACAGGUGGUGGUCACAAUUCUGGAGCCUCCUGUGUUGCUUAGUAAUUUGACAGACUGCACUGUUAAUGUGAGCAGCUCAGUGACCCUCAGCUGUCCGUCGCAAGGAGUCCCACCUCCAACAAUCACCUGGUACAAAGAUGGACACGCUCUGCUUCAGGGAUCAGGUAUAGUCAUAUCAGCAGAAGAUGGGACCCUCCAUAUUGACAGAAUCACAGUGGAGGACCAGGGCCUGUAUACGUGCCAAGCCACCAAUAAGAGGGGAUUUGCAGAAAGCUCAGCCUAUAUUUGGGUCAACAGUGUGUCAGAAACAUCAUUUCUAGAAAUUCCAACCCUGACUUGCACCUGUGUGGUGGCCACUCUCUUCUGGCUCAUGCUCACGCUCUUUAUACGGAAACUGAAACAGUCCAACAACUCGCACACCAAACCAGAAUACUUGUCAAUCAUACUGGACACAGGAGAGGGGCCAAUAGAGGAGCAGUGUGAGAGACUGCAGUAUGACCCCAGCCAAUGGGAGUUUCCUCGUGAACGACUUAAAUUAGGGAAACCUUUGGGCCGUGGAGCCUUUGGUAAAGUGAUUCAGGCAUCUGCUGUCGGCAUAGACAGUGCUACCAGCUGCAGGACCGUAGCGGUCAAGAUGCUCAAAGAGGGAGCCACAGCCAGUGAACACAAGGCUCUGAUGACAGAAUUGAAGAUCUUAAACCACAUUGGAAACCACCUGAAUGUGGUAAACCUCCUGGGAGCCUGCACCAAGCCAGGAGGCCCGCUGAUGGUUAUUGUUGAGUUCUGUCGCUUUGGAAACCUCUCCGCGUUUCUGAAGAAUAAGAGAGAUGUUUACGUGCACAACCGGCUCGCCCAAGGAGCAGAUGGAGGUAGUGUUAGCAGCUUGUUUGAUAACCAAAGCUGUACCAAGUCGGAUGCUAAAUGCAAGGAUCUUGAUCCACAGUCUGAAUCGAACUCCCCUCUUUUCUUGGAGGAUCUCAUUUCUUUCAGCUUUCAGGUGGCACGUGGGAUGGAGUUUCUGGCUUCUCGCAAGUGCAUUCACAGAGACCUGGCAGCAAGGAACAUUCUAUUGUCUGACAAUAAAGUGGUAAAGAUCUGUGACUUCGGUCUAGCCAGAGACAUCUACAAAGACCCCGACUAUGUUCGCAAGGGGGAUGAGUUCUGCCACCGGCUGAAAGGGGGAACAAGAAUGAGAGCGCCGGAAUACAGCACACCAGAGAUUUACAGCACAAUGCUGGCAUGUUGGGAGGCCAAUCCCUCAGAGCGACCCACCUUCACUAACCUGGUGGAUAUACUUGGGGACCUGCUUCAAGCGAGAGUGCAGCAGCAGGAUGGGAAGGACUACAUUCCUCUGGGAUCUUCCGUGAAUGGAAACAUAAGUUGCCGUGAGGCCUUCAAAGAAAACCCACUAGCAACUUUUGAGGAGUUGCCCUGCGAGGAGCAUGGCAGCCCAGACGAUGAACAAAGUGACAGCGGGAUGGUGCUCCCAUCAGAGGAACUGAGACAAAUGAUUAAGAACAACACCAAGAACAAGAAGCUCAGCAGGUUUUUUAUCUUUGGGAAGAGUCAAGACCACCAAAAGCCAUUUCUCUGCACUGACAUCACAGGUGUCCAUGACAAUAGGCUUUCAGUUCUGCCGUGUGAUUGGCUGUCUGACGAGGAUGGCUCCCUUCCUCCGGACUACAACUCUGCUCUCCUCUACCCCUCCCUAUAACUUCGAGUUUUGUGUAAUUAUCGGACAGCUUCCGCUUUUGUUUAGCUUCUCUGAACUUACACUACUAGCUUCACAUCUUUGUCCCCCUCAGUCAUUAAAAUUUUCCUCUGACAUCCUCUUACCUCACCUUAGUUUAAACUUAGUUUAAAAAUAUUCCCUCCCUCAAAUUCAGAAUCUCAUUCAAAUUCAAAACCUCUAACUAGUUGUUUUCACUAGCCAUGAGAUAUUCCUCUGGCGUUAUUCUCCAUACAACCACUUCCAAGAGCAGCUAAAGUCUUACCUGACAGUACUUAACCUGUGCAGUUAUGAUAAAUGUAUUCACAAAUCUAUAACUAUUAAAGCUUAUUAUAUUGGUACCUCAUGUUCAGAGCUAUGUGAGGAGGAGCAGCGCUGUAUGAAAUAACUGUUCCUCUUACACAGCUUCCAUAUGCUGGAAAAAGUCAUUAUCCGCUGAUUCAUAUCUGUGUUAAUCAGAAUGUAUAUCUGUAUUUAUUUGAAAAACAAGAACACAUUGUUUCUUUGUUCAACAUGCCUGCAAGAACGAAUACUCUCAAAGCGAAAAACUGAUAUGAAUUUUUUUUUUCCAAUCAAACAUCCUUGAAUACUGACUUGAGAAUGACAUAUACUUGUUUAAAUCUCAGCAUGGUUCCCCUUGUCAUAUUUUCAUAAGACCAUUGAGCCAUUUAACCAUAAAAAAAUCCACUUCUUUUAAACAUCCCUGAUAUAAAGGGUUGUUUCACUUCUGUGUAGAUGGUGCCAUCAGAGGUUUUUGCAUUUUUGCAAUGAAGUGUCAGAUGCCAAAGCUUUAUUUUCAAAAAAUCCCGCAGACAAAAUGUUGUCCUAAAGCCUGUAUACAUUCAGUGUGAGUGGAGCCUUGGAAAAUAUGGAUGUUACCCAUCACAUAAACACUAAUGUGUGCGCUUACAUAGAUGCAGUUUUUCUAUUGUAUUACUGUAGUAACUAUAUUCUUGUCCUGUAACCAAUUAAUACAAGUAGCAAUUUGACUUUCCACCAAUUUGUUGCCGUUCAAAAAUCUGAUUUUAGAUUUCGGCACCACUUACAAAGUUGAAUUUUUAAUAUAGAGAAACAAAUUGAUUAAAUGCUUGCUGCAGAUUAAAUGCAAUUGUCUUAACUG